GGAACUUACUUGCGAAGAUAGACAAGAACAUGCUGUUCAUGAAGAGCUACUAGCUAUCGAAACAAUAGGCCCUUGUACUCAAUUUCUAAUGGAUAAACCUCCAGAAGGGCCUUGUUGCAAUACACCCAUUAAUAUUACCUUAUAUUACCUUAUAAAAUUGGCAAUAUCUGCACAUAUGUACAGCAUUAUGUACAAAACAUGUUCGUAUAACUUGAUAUGCUCAAUUCUCAUUAGUGAUGAUUAAUGCACGCAAUGCUCAUGUUUGCACACAAAAUGACAAUGUUUA